GGAUUUCACGUUUUAUUCCAAAUUAUGAUGUAUUCGGAAGCCAGUGUUGGCUUGGAUGAGCAGCCCGAGCAGCGGCUGUUCUGUCCGGAGGCCACUCUGUGCCUCGGUGUUGGAGGUGUUGUUAGUGGGUGGGAGGCUCUUCCAGGCUGGAAGCUGAGCAGCGCUCGCGGAGGCCAGCGCCUUCAGGCCGGUAGCCGCCGGCUUCGGUUCCCGCCGCAUUCAGGCUUCGUCCAUUUCUGGGUCUGAAGAUUGGAUCCCCCUUUCCGGACACACACCCCGCUACCCACCCAUGCCAGGCUGCGGACGACUCCGCGCUGUGGCCACAGCUCCGGCCUGACUUCGGUUCCCGAGCCAACGGCGUAGACGAGUCUGCUUAGAAAACAAACGGCCACACUGAACCAGACAUCCCGGUUGGAGGACCGCCCAGGACCACACCGCGGCCUAACUGCUGGUCUCUCAGUGAGAGAGGGGGAAAGCAAAGACCCCUUUCCACAACCUGGACCUCGGCUCCCGCCACUCUCCUGCCGGAGGAGGAGUGGAGAUCCUAUUCAGAGGGGCCGCUCUCUCUAAAUAUGCCCCAGGAUGACGGAGCGGCCGCCGAGCGAGGCGGCACGCAGUGACCCCGCGCUAGAGGGACGGGACGCGGCCGAGGCCCGCAUGGCCCCCCCGCACCUGGUCCUGCUGAACGGCGUCGCCAAGGAGACGAGCCGCGCGGCCCCGGCGGAGCCCCCGGUCAUCGAGCUGGGCGCGCGCGGCGGCGGCCCGGGGGGCGGCCCCGCCGGUGGGGGCGGCGCCGCGCGAGACUUAAAGGGCCGCGACGCGGCGGCUGCCGAAGCGCGCCAUCGGGUACCCACCACCGAGCUGUGCAGACCUCCUGGGCCCGCGCCCGCCUCGGCCCCCGCAGAGCAGUUGAGCCCGCCCGCGCUGGCGGCCCCCGCCGCCCCCGGCCGCGCGCUGCUCUACAGCCUCAGCCAGCCGCUGGCUUCUCUCGGCAGUGGGUUCUUUGGGGAGCCAGAUGCCUUCCCUAUGUUUGCCACCAACAACCGAGUGAAGAGGAGACCCUCCCCUUAUGAGAUGGAGAUUACUGAUGGUCCCCACACCAAAGUCGUGCGGCGCAUCUUCACCAACAGCCGGGAGCGAUGGCGGCAGCAGAAUGUGAACGGGGCCUUCGCUGAGCUCCGCAAGCUGAUCCCCACGCAUCCCCCAGACAAGAAGCUCAGCAAGAAUGAGAUCCUCCGCCUGGCCAUGAAGUACAUCAACUUCCUGGCCAAGCUGCUCAAUGACCAGGAGGAGGAGGGCAGCCAGCGGGCCAAACCUGGCAAGGACCCUGCGGUGGGGGCUGGUGGAGGGGGUGGUGGCGGAGGGGGUGCUGCACCUCCAGAUGACCUACUGCAGGACGUGCUGUCCCCGAACUCCAGCUGUGGCAGCUCCCUGGACGGGGCAGCCAGCCCGGACAGCUACACCGAAGAGCCGGCACCCAAGCACACGGCCCGCAGCCUCCAUCCUGCCAUGCUGCCCGCCGCGGAUGGAGCCGGCCCUCGGUGAUGGGUCUGGGGCCACCCAGGACCAGCCAGGAGGGUGCCCUCAGGCCACGGGCACCAUGGGCUUUAGGGCAGGUGGGGUGAGGAUUGGGCAGCUCUGAAGCAGGGCAUGGACUUUUGAUGAGCUUUCCUUGAUGUCUGAACUGUGGGAAGUCCCAGCUGCCUCUGGGGCUGGCUUUCCUGUUUCCUGCCUCAGUAGGAGAACAGAAAAAUGGAGCAAAGUGGUAGGUACUUUUUAUGAAGAUGGCACGGUCUUCCCCCUUUUCCAAAUCCCUAAGACUUCCCAAGUAAGAGGCUGGAGUGGCAUUGCUUUUGGCCUGGCGCAUGGGAGCCUGUCUUGGCUGAGACCUGGGGUUGUCAGCUCUCUCCUGAGGCGUCCGGCAGCCUCUGCCUUGCCUUUAGCCCCUCCCAAGCUGGCUGGGGUGGCUUUUGUGGCCACACUGUCCAAAUAUAUAGGUACCCAAUAGCUGCCCAUUUCUCGAGCCCCAUCUUCACCCAGGCCCCUGUUGGUCCAUCCAGCUUGCCAGUGCUGCAGAGAGUCACAAGCCUCGAGGUGCCUUCUUCAGGGCCUGGUUGAAGAAGACAGCCAGUGGACAGCCUGCUCUCGACUAGCUGGGCCAGAGGGUCAGAAACCCAGAAGCCCUUACUUCUUGCCCUGGGGAUCGAAGCUCUGCUUUCUCCCCACUGAGACUUGCCUUCCUCAUCCUUGUGGCUGUGGGGACUGAGUCUGCGGCUGUGAGCGUGCCCUGUGAGCUUUGUUCGAAGGCAGACAAAGGAGAAAUGAUGAGAGUGAAAUUGAGCAAGAGCUAUUUGGGGCACGUGGGCUUCAAAUCGUGGUGGUGUCUCAGAGCUACCUGCCUGCGUCCUCAGCGACACGUCGCGGUUCAUGCAGGGAGCAGAUGCCAGUGUGCUGAUCGGUGUGUGUGGGUGCUGAGAGUAGACGUGCGGCCCCGUCUCGCGUUCUAGCUCCUCAGAGGGGCCUCCCUGCUGCAGGAUGUCUGUUUGCUGACGGUCUGGUCUGUGUCCUGAAACUGAAUCGACAACAAACUCUGUCCUAUGAAUUCCUGGCAUGUGGGAUUUUGCUUGACUUCAGGUAUUUGUGGGAUCUCUAGGUCUUGAUAUGACCCAGGAUCUAGCCCCACUUCUAGGGCCCGGGGAGCCCAGUGAGAGACCAGGCCCUGGCGGAGACCCAAACACAUUGACAUUCACUUAGCAGAACCUUCGGCAUCCCUGAGUGCACAAAUUUUGGUCCUCAAGGGUGUGUAUGGGAGGCUGGCGUGACGCAGUAGGAGUGCUCCCCGCCAAAAGUUGUACAUGACAUUUUUGUAAAUCAAAUCCUUAUCUUCACCUUUUAAAGAAAUACUGCCACAAGUCCCUUGGUAAAGUGGAGAAUCCUUUUGUAGAGUGGACUGCUGCUCCCUCAUUGACCUCCCGUGUCAAUCCAGAUGGUGGAACAUGGUUUUCUUAAGGUGAGGCCUGCCUGUGACCCACAUCCCAAGCCCCUGGAACAAACUGCACACAAGUCCUACAUACCUGUCAUUGUGCCCUCACGUCACCCCAGCCGGCUCUGACCAGGCUCUGCCUUUGAGGUCAGAGGGAAAACAAUGCUCUGACUUUGCCCUGUCCAUAGCAAUGUGGAAGAACCAGCGCUGCCGCUGUCGGGAAAGACCCUCACACCUUAUGGGCUCCAGCCUGGGGGCUCGCCCUCACCAUGGCAGGACCUUGGGGACAGCCACAUGCCCAUGGGGAAUGAUCCCUGCUCUCCUCCCCUUCCUUUUAAGUUGUGAGAGGUCCAGUUUGUGGGGGUGGGAGCAACAUGGUUAACCCUUGUAGCACUCUCUCUGUCCCAUUUCAGCGCUGCCCCCCCCCAGUCAUAUUUUGAUGAACAUUAGGAUUCAUUCCUUUCUGAUACUUGGAAGCUCCUGUGAAAAAUCCCAUCUGUCUAAAGAUGGAGCACCUAUUCUAGGUCCUAAGGCUGUGUUUGCUUCCGGUGGAUUAAUUUGACCUGGGAGUGAAAAGUGGCCACGGUGAGCAUAGGUGGAUGGGUUUUAGGAGAUGGAUCACACAUUCCAUGAGGAACUCCAGCUUCUGGCUUCCUCUUCUCUCAGACUUGCAGUGUGACCUGGAAAAGUUCUCUCUCUGAAGGUCAAUUUCUCGUAAAUACUCUGGCUUGGCCUGUGUCCUAGGGCGGUGGUGUGGACUGAAUGGAAUCAUGAAAGUAGAAGCAUUUUGAGGCUGUACGGAACUCUGUCCCCCUCACUAUCAUUCCUGCAGUGGGGUUUCCCACCCUGAGUCCGGGACCUAGGCAGUGGGCCAAUCUACCUGUCUCCAUAGCAUUUGGGUAAUUUAGGUUCUAAACCACUUGAGCCUGAGUUAUCUAGGUUAUCCUUAUCUCUCCAGAUUGACCUCAUUUCAGUCUCAUUCCAAAGCAAGGCACAGGAGGGAGACUAGAAAAGAGAUGGGAACAGAGGCAGAAUAUGUAAAAAGUACAACAGCUACCCAAGACAGGCCUGGGUAGGGGUGGGCAAAGCUUCGUGUCUUUGUUAAGAACUAGAAAAGAUCCAUAAUUUUCACUUUCCUUUCCAGCACCUCCCCCCACCAUACUCUUCUCCUUCCUCUGCCUCCUCUUCACCCAUGAACAUUCUCCAUCCAAGAAUAAUAUCUGUACAAAAAGGAAAAAAUGUAAAGGUAAAAAAACAGGAGGAGGACAAAGAUGAUUGUUAAUGACUGGAGGGAAUCACGUCUUUUAAGACAAAUUCGUAUUCUUUUAUUUGUAGUGGCAAACGACAAGAUGGUACAACCUUUAUCCUUUUCCGAAAGCAAAACAAAGGGCACAGCAUCGGUAGUCAGCCGACACCUGUCUCGGCCUUUGGGGGUGGUCGUGUCGUACUUGUGAUGUCAAUGGUACGUGGCCCCUGCCGAAGGCUUGCCCCCCAGCCCAUGUACAUAGCGCAUCGUUCCUGCGGGCGGGCCCAGCACUUUCCGUCAAUGUUGUACUGUACGUGAUGCAUUGCGUUGGUCUCUGCAUUUUUCUGCAGAAGAGGAGUAACCGCUCCAGGUACCUUGACCUUUGUACAGCCCAGAGGCCAACACUGUGGGCGUGUGACUCUUUAGCGACAAAACCCAUGUGGUGAUGAUGUGUGUAUAUAUAUAAGGAUAUAUUGGGAAGAUUUCUAAAUAAAAAUUUUA